ACUGCAAAUCGAGAGAGAGAGAGACACGAAGAAGAGGAAGACGAGAGGAGGAGAGGGAGAGAGGAGAGAGGAGAGCGUGUGGCAUCGAGGGAAAGCCGGAGGCAGAGGCGCGCCCGUCCUUGAGCGCGCGCAGCCGGCGAGCAGGCCCGGAGGCGGAGGCAAGGCGGCAUCCUCUUCUUCUUCGACGACGACGCCGUAGGCCGCGCGCAGCCUUCUUCUCGGCUGUGUUGUGCGGCGGGUGGUCGUCGCGCGCCAGGCCGGCGAGCAGGUUUGGAGGGCGGGUUCGAAUCGAGUUGAAGGGAAGAAUUGGGGGCUUGAGCUGAAAGAUCCUCGCCUAGUUCUCCCGCAAAAUGCCUGGAAUUAUCGUGGAUGGGGUUGCUACAGAGGAGGCACCAAACGAGGUGAAUUCUUCGCAGAACAAGGAUAUUUCGUCUGCCCCAAGGUCGCCGGUGGCUUCGAAAAGCAUGCACAGUGAGGCGCUCGAGAUGCACGUGGAGGGUUCCGGAGCCGGGGAGCCCUCAAUUGAGCAGCUCUACAACAAUGUGUGUGAGAUGGAGAGCUCGAGCGAGGGUGGAUCCCCCUCGCGGGAGAGCUUCAGCUCGGACGGGGAGGAAUCGAGGAUUGACUCGGAGCUUCGCCACCUUGUUGCUGGGGAGAUGGAGGCUAUGAAGGUAAUCGAGGAGGAGGAGGGGGAGGGGAGUGGAAGUGCUGCUAAUGCGGUAACCACAGCCGAGAAUGGGACCCCAGUCAAGACGCAGUCUUCUAAUUCAUCGAAGAAGACAUCGAAAAAGGCUGCAAACUCACAGCUUGAAUCUGAUGCUUCUGUUGGGCCUAAUGGCAAGGCAGCCACCGAGGAGGGUGAGACCGAGGUCAGCAAACCUGCAGGUCGAGUUGGCCGUCGAAAGAAAACUAGUAAUCCACAGAAUGGAAGUGAAGAUGCUGGGCUCAAUAACCCAGACCUUGGUCCAUUUCUUCUUAAGCAUGCAAGAGAUUUGAUUGCCUCUGAUAAUCCUCGUCGGGCGCUGAAAUAUGCUCUUCGUGCCACCAAGUCAUUUGAGAAAUGUGCUGGCGGAAAGCCAAGCUUGAAUUUAGUGAUGAGUCUGCAUGUUGUGGCUGCAAUCCACUGCAACUUGGGAAAAUAUGAAGAGGCUGUACCUGUACUACAGCGAUCCCUUGAGAUCCCUGUGAUUAAGGAAGGUCAGGAGCAUGCUCUUGCAAAGUUCUCUGGGUGCAUGCAAUUGGGCGACACCUAUGGGAUGCUUGGCCAGACAGCUCUCUCACUGCAGUGGUAUGCUGCAGGGCUUGAUAUUCAGAAGCAGACAUUGGGAGAGCAGGAUCCAAGAGUUGGAGAGACUUGUCGGUACUUGGCUGAAGCUCAUGUGCAGGCAUUACAACUUGAUGAAGCACAAAGAUUGUGCCAGAUGGCUCUUGAUAUACACAGGGAGAAUGGCGAGCCAGCCUCAUUAGAAGAAACAGCUGAUAGGAGGCUGAUGGGUCUUAUUUGCGACACAAAGGGUGAUCAUGAAGGUGCCUUAGAGCAUCUUGUGAUGGCUAGCAUGGCCAUGGUGGCCAAUGGCCAGGAAACUGAAGUAGCAUCAGUAGAUUGCAGCAUUGGUGACAUUUAUCUCUCAUUGGGUAGGUAUGAUGAGGCUGUGUUUUCAUACCAGAAAGCUCUUACAGUAUUCAAGACUAGCAAAGGGGAGAAUCAUGCUACGGUGGCGUCUGUUUUUGUGCGACUUGCAGAUCUGUACAACAAGACAGGGAAGCUACGGGAGUCAAAAUCAUACUGUGAAAAUGCCCUUAAAAUUUAUCAGAAACCUAUUCCGGGAACUUCUUUGGAAGAAAUUGCCACUGGUCUAACUGAUGUUUCAGCCAUUUAUGAAACCAUGAAUGAGCAUGAGCAAGCACUCAAGUUACUCCAGAAGGCCUUAAAGAUGUACAACAAUUCUGCUGGUCAGCAGAGCACGAUUGCUGGAAUUGAGGCUCAGAUGGGUGUCUUGCACUAUAUUUUGGGUAACUAUGGAGAGGCUUAUGACUCCUUCAAGAGUGCAAUUGCAAAGCUCCGCACCUGUGGUGAGAAAAAGACGGCCUUCUUUGGUGUUGCCCUGAACCAGAUGGGAUUGGCAUGUGUUCAAAGAUAUUCCAUAAAUGAAGCUGCAGAACUAUUCGAGGAAGCUAGAGCUGUUCUGGAGCAAGAAUAUGGGCCUUAUCAUCCAGAUACUUUAGGAGUGUACAGUAAUCUUGCUGGAACUUACGAUGCCAUGGGAAGGCUGGACGAGGCCAUUGAGAUCUUGGAACAUGUUGUUGGAAUGCGUGAGGAGAAGCUGGGCACAGCAAACCCAGACGUCGAUGACGAGAAACGGAGGCUUGCAGAGCUACUCAAGGAGGCCGGUCGGGGGAGAAGCAGGAAGGCAAAAUCCCUGGAGAAUCUACUCGAGACCAACCCAUAUACUGUUACGAAGAGAAGUACAGUUGCAGCAUGAGGCACACUGCUUUGCAUGGAGAAGCUGCUUGAUGCGAGUAUGAUGCUAAGGUGUAUCAAUUGUUUUUUUUUUUUUCAGAUUUGGUGAGAGGGGUAACUGAAAAUAGGAUUUGUUUCACGAUUUUAGAAAUGCCAAAUGUUCUGAUUGAUUGUUGUAAAGUUGCAAAGAAUAUUAUUCGCUACCACUUCUUCA